GUAAAACAAUGUGGCUAGUGUAGUUACUACUUCGUAGGUAUCAUGGAUCCCCGUAGCUUUAAGCUCUCUUCCCCGUUUAAAGGAUAUCAAUUGCAUACAACCUUAUUAACGUUCAAACCGUUGACGUCCAAUUCAUAUGUCACCAGACAUUACCAAACCAAGCUUCUGUCACAUCAACCUCCAACCCAUUGCUGCAUGAGCUUCUUCGUGACCCACAACCUUUAAUCAACCUACCUACCAUUCGUCCCAUACAUACGUCCGCUUGAGGCUUCGCUGAAACAAAUUGAUAUCUCGUGCCCUUACUUCGCUAUUCACCUGGCACCGUUGUUGAGCGUCCACCAUCCUCACCUCACUCCGCUCCUUUCCAUCCCCGCCCCGAAUAUCUCCCUCAUACUACUUUCAAGAUGUCGCAAGUCCACUCCUUGUCCGACGACCAGGUCGGACAAGAGCUCCGCAAGAUGACGGCCUUCAUCAAGCAAGAAGCCCUGGAGAAGGCGCGCGAGAUCGAAAUCAAGGCCAACGAAGAAUUCAGCAUCGAGAAGUCCAAGCUCGUACGCCAGGAAACCGAUUCCAUCGACGCCGCCCACGCCAAGAAGCUGAAGCAGGCCGCCAUGUCGCAGCAGAUCACCCGGUCCACUGUUUCCAACAAGACCCGCCUCAAGGUUCUGGCUGCCCGCCAGCAGCUUCUCGACGACAUCUUCGAGACGGCUUCUAAGCGCCUCGCUGAAGGCACCAAGGAUAAAGCCAAGUACCGUGCUACGCUGAAAAACUUACUGUUAGAAGGCUUGUACGCUCUGUCCGAGCCCGAAAUCCAGGUCCGGGCCAGAAAGGCCGAUUACGAUGUCGUCAAGGACGCCAUCAAGGACGCCCAGAACGAGUAUAAGAGCAACAUAGGUAAAGAGACCAAGGUUACGAUCGAUGAGGAUAAUGCAUUGCCCGAGGGCAGCUUCGGUGGUCUCGUAAUCGUAGGCGGCCAGGGCAAGAUCGACAUCAACAACACCUUCGAAGAGCGGCUAGAACUCCUGCAAACCAGCGGCCUUCCCGCCGUGCGCGCGGCCCUGUUCGGCACGAACCCCAACCGCAAGUUCUACGACUAAGCGAGCUAUAGCCUCGGCUCUUCGUCUAGAGCUAGCUGCUUAGGUACCCUCAUCCGUACACACAUUCUAUCGCGCGAGAGAUGUAAGGGGAGAGGGCAGAGGAGGUCCGUGGGCUGCGUCUUGCACCCUGUUUUCUCUCUCUCUCUGAGAAAGGAGGGGGAAAGAGUCGUG